AUCGUAGCCUCGCAACGUCGACGAGGAGUCUAACAGGACACACUAAGGACCACUGUCGGUCGUGUAUGUUGGAAGCAGAUUCAACAGAUCGCAUGCUGUGUAAGUAUGGACCACGCGGACCAAGAUAUAUAGUGCGUGGAAACGAAGGAAUGCGAAUGUGACGAGGAAGAAGUACUAGAACCUCAAACAACGCCCGACCUUCUUCAGAUGCUUCAACUAGGCGAGGCUCCACGUUUCUACUUCGGUCUUGACUAAACACUCCCCGCAGCCCGCGGCCACCAGUGCACCUCCUUCCUCGUAUUCGUUUACCGCAGUACUACGAGUGUACAACUUGAGGUUAGUUUAUACAGGUGACAAGAUUUAUUUUAGACAUGAUUUGUCUCCAAUGAAUUGUCAAUCCCAGUUUAAGUCUAGCCCAGCGCAAGAAAGAUCUUUCCUGUCAGGCUUUUUAUCCAAGAAGAAAAGGAACAACGCGGGCAAGCGCAAGAACGAAAAUGGCAGCAACGUUCUCUACGAGUAAACAGGUGAUAAUUCCUGAGGGCCGCGGCCGGGUGCGAAAUUUUGUUGGUACCGAUGCGGGCCAAGUGACGCUGUCUUCGAAACACGACCUGGGUCGCGUCGAGCAGGACUGGUCAGAGUUUGACCAAACGCGAACGCUUGUCAAGGGCGCAAUAACGCAGGCGGUGCGCGAUUUCCAACAGAACUCUGCACACGAAAGUUCAGGCAGCGUGCCGGUGCUAGUCCGCCAGGACGAUUCCCUAGAUUCCACCGCUGCUGCAGCGGGCGCAGGCGGGGGAACAAAUGUCAAGCCGGGAGGUAUGCUCCGAAGACCUUAGAAACAGGAGUUUGUAAUGGUUUGAUCUUGCUCGAAGUGCCAGUGUCGUGUCUCUUUGGAAACUUCUUGAUGACUUCAUCAAGUUCCUGCACAACAGAGCAGCUGCACUCUCUCAUAGUUAUCUUUGUCCAUGAUUCACUCAGGCCCUCAUGCUGCCGUUGGCCGCAAGCCUAAGACCGGCGAAAAGUUUGACCCCGACGCGUCCUACAGUUACAGCGAGAAGUUUUACCAACCGGGAAAAGGCGGUGGCUCCCGGUCACACAACGUUAGCCAGGAACUUUCUCGCAGCAGCUGCAGCACGCAGUACGUCGGGCAGGGCUCCGCGAGGAGGCCGCACAAGGCCGGUCCCGCUCCGGGACAGUAUCAGUGGAAGGACGAAGUACACUUGACAAGACCCGGGCAGUUCAGCAUUGUCGUGCCGGACCGUAGCAAGCUAGAUCCCAAUGUAAGUUAAAGUCUUCAUGAGCUGCAUUUACAACUUGAUCUUGAUUUCCAUACUCCUUGCAUUGCUGCUUUCCCUUUCCCUGAAGAUUCUAAUCGCGGUGCUGGAUGUGAAUCCCGAAUUCAGAUGAAAAUCUAUGUCGAAAUAUCCCUUGUCGCAGGUUGCUGCCUGGGUAUCUGCAAGCACAAGCGAGACGUUGAAGCCACCGCCGGGUGCAUACGGUGAUCUUUCGAAAAUAAAGCCGCAGGGUGGGGCUGUGAAACUCCGCACAGUGUCUCUCGGCGCGUCCAAGGCAGAACGAACGGCGCCCAUAUGAAAGUGGAGAACUGCAGCUCUCCUCCCCAUCCGCUCUCGAAGGGCAUUGACAUAUUGAAGAAGAUCAAGGUAUUGAACUACAAAAAAGCAACAACUCGCGACGCAAUCACUGCCCAGGUCAAAGCUCUUUGAUGCAAGCCAGGGGGACGAGGGGGAGUCCGAGUUGUGCACUUUCAUAUCCGAAGGCUUUCAGUAACGACCUGAUGUACAGACUACCGCCGCUGUUUGGAACUUGGAGGCAUCCCACAAUUCACGUCGCACAGGGUUUCUCCGUCCAGAGCUGCGAGCGGAAAUUCCUAUCGUAUUCAUUUUCCUAAGCACUAUUUACUUAAUAAGAUUUGUUAGAUCAUGAUGUUCCCUUUCGAAAUCGAAGCGUUGGUGGUAUGCAAAUUAUGUCAAUGAAACUUUGAUUGCCUGCUAAAGAUUUUCCCAAUCCUUCUAAAUACUUAUGCGUGGCACCUUUCCCAACUGUAUCUGUUGACAGUGAAGCAUACAAGUCCAAAUAAAGUAGAAACCAACGCAAGCUCAAAAUCUUUCCAGCGCACGCGAGGACAGUUGGUUGCCGCUGCAGACCAGUAACCAGACGCCGGGCCCUGGAGAGUACGCGAAUCCACGGUGGCUGGAAGGAAAGAAAAAGAGCACGCUGCUCGGCCACUUUCACAACCCGAAGAAGGGCCCGGCGUUCGGGCGUCGUAUCGACAACUUGUCGACGCUGCGACCGUCCUGGAUUCCAGACACCUUCUCGGUACGGCACUUCCGGAGUAUCACGUAGGAACUCGAACUCGUCGAUUGGCCCGCAUAAUUCUCGCUGCUUGCGCCUUAGCAGCGUUUAAUUAUGUUUGUUUCCAUUUCCUCCAAGUCCAACAUGGGCAUUGUAAUUGUAUGAUGAUAGGCGCCGGCUUUCUUCUGUCACCAGCAGAGCCAACUUACAGCAAAUGAACCUGCUGCUCGCGGAACAGUUUCUGCCCCUGUGACUGUGUGUAAGAUUCGCAUUAUCGUUGAGUAAAGCAAAACAGAAAACAGAGAGUCGAAUCAUGCGACACCGCAUGCGAGAACAAGAAGGACG